UGCUGAGCCGACGAGCCUCCAUUUCUCUCGCUCAUGCGUUAGCAGCAGACAUCGAUAGCAUGGCGCAAUACCUUCCCGACACGCCUCGCACCGAGGUGGGCGACGCGACGCGCCUGACGGCCAUCGAGGGGCUCUCGUUCAGCCGCGAAGAGUCGUUCCAGGCACCGCCCGACCGCGACAACCUCUUCAAGCAGAUGGGCGGCGCGCGUACCCCCCGCAACAACGUCGCCACCCGCCGCGCCGUCAACGCCAAGUCCGAGUUCACGCCCAUGCUGAGGAGCGCCACGGCGAACCGCACGCGCCAGGUGACGGGCCUGCUCGACGGCAAGCUCACCACGCCCGCCGCCAUGAAGCCCGGCUUCGUCAUGAGCAACUCGCCGCUGCCCGAGGCCAGCACCUUCGACGGCCAUUCGAGCUCGUUCACCGAGUCCGUCGACGGCCGCACCCCGAUGCCCGACGUGAACUCGAGCUCCAUGAGCACGCCCAUGGCCCUGCCGCGGAGGGCCGAGGGCGAGAUGGACACGGGCAACGGCAACGUGCUCACGCUGCGGGAGCAGGAGGCUCGUCUCGAGCAGAUCGACAAGGAGAACUUCGGGCUCAAGCUCAAGAUCCACUUCCUCGAGGAGAACCUGAGGCGCACCGCCCCCGACUUCAACAUGCGAGCCAUGGAGGAGAACAUCAACCUGAAGACGGAGAAGGUGGCAAUGGGGCGCGACAUCAAGCAGUAUUCGAAGGACCUCAGAGCCGCGGAGAAGGAGCUCGAGACGUACAAGCAGCAGCUCCGGGAGUAUGCCGAGAAGGUCAAGAGACGUCACGUCGAUGAAGGAAUCCGCGAAGAGAUGGACGAGCUUCGACGCCUGUCCGAGGAGCGCGCAGCCGAAGUUGAACACCUGCAAGGAAAGCUGGCAGAGGCGAGAAGCACCGAGGACGAGUUGGAGAAGGUCAGUGCGGAACUGGAGAAUGCACAGGCCGAGGUCUCGCGGAGAGACGAACUGCUAGACGAGCACGAAGCCCAUAUCGAUGAUCUGGAGAACAAGCUCCAGGCUGCACAGGGAUCUCAAUCUGCUAAUGUCGAGGAAAAGGCUGCACAAUUGAAGGAGCAGACAGAGAAGAUCGCCGACUUGGAAGAACAACUGCGCCUGCUGAAGAAGAACAAAGACGUUGACGCGGCUGGCAAAGAACGCCAACUAGAAGAACAAGGCGAGAAGCUCGAGGAUCUGGAAGACAAGCUUCGAACGCUCGAACGCUCCAAGGACGCCGAGAUUGAUGCUUUGCAGGCAAAGAUCGACUCUGCGGCUGACGGCAAAGACCAGGAGGUUCUCGAGCUGGAACAACAGUUGGAUGAAGCAGAGCGGGAACUCGAAGCUGCGGCAGAGCAGAAGCGCCACGAGCUCUCUGUUGCAGAAGAGCGUCUACGUUCGGUCGAACACGAGAAAGACUCCAAGAUUCAGGCUUUGCAGACAAAACUCGAAUCCGCGACGGAGAGCAAGGACCAGGACCUUCGAGAGCUUGAAAUGCAACUCGACGAAGCUGAACGGGAACUGGGCGCCGCGGAGGACCAGAAGCGGCACGAGCUAUCCAUUCUCGAAGAACGCUUGCGAUCUGUAGAGCGCGAGAAGGAUGCCAACAUCAAAGAGCUGCAGCGUCGCAUGCAGACACAUCAAAGCGAGAAGGAAGCCGAGAUCGACGCUAUGCAAGAACGUUUACAAAUCGCCGAAUCCCAGGGAGACAGCCAGACUCAACUCGCACAGCAAGCGGCCCGUGACUCUCGCCAGAAGGUAGUCGACAUCACCCGCGAGAAGGGCGUUGAGAUCGAGCUCCUCCAGUCUAGAGUGGAUGCGGCUGAAGCCAAAGCUGAUGAACUUGAUGAUUGUCGAAAACAACUCAAGGAAGCCAUGCAGCAAAUCACACGUCUACAGCGCGAUGUAUCAUCGUACGAGCAGCAGGUACAACAGCUCCGCCAGACGAUCAGCCAAAGAGACCGAAACCUAGAGACGCUUGAUCAAUUACGUCGCGAGCGUGACGAUGCGACACAGGAAAUUGGUGGCUUGCGUUCGACACUCUCUGGAAAAGACGCUCAGGCCGACGCUCUGAAUAAGGCACUGAAGGAACGCGAUGCACUUUCGCGCGACCUCUCUACUUUCCGGCGUGAACGCGACGACCUUGCGACUAGAUUGUCAACUAAAGACGAUCAGUUGGAGACGCUUCGCAGAGGAAACAACGAUCGCGAUUCAUUAGUUGCGACGCUCCGUCAAGAGCGAAAUGACAUCGAGAAAGAGAUGCGUAGCCUACGCUCCACCAUGUCUGGCAAGGACACGCAGAUUGAAGCGCUGCAAAAGAUGACUCGUGAGAGAGACAAUCUUUCACGCGAUCUCUCGAGUGCCCAGUCGUCCUUGCAAGCUCGCGAGCGCGACUUAUCCAGUCUACAGAAGAAGGUUGAAUCGCAAGAAACCGCCCUUGAUCAGUUGAAACAAUUGAAGAGCGAACUCAGCGAUCGGAUUAGGGAUCUGGAUACAGCUCGACACACAAUAUCUGCGAGAGAUGCCGAAUUGGAUGCUUUGCGAAACCACGCCGACGAGCCUGAUACGCAACUCGAUGUUAUGCAAGGUCUUGUGCGCAAACGAGAUGAUGAACUUGACAACCUACGUGAGGAACUCGAUGCGCAACGGAGUCAGACUGAUGCGCUUCAACAGUUGGCCCAGGAGCGUCUGGACGCUCUCGAAGAGCUGAGGGAUAUGGCACACCGAGAAAAAGACGAGUUUGAGGCGGAGAUUGAGGUUCUCCAAGAGCAGGAAGAUGAAUUGGUCGAAGAGAAGACAUCGCUUGAAGAAAAAAUCACCGUCCUCGAAUCGCUGAUCCGCGAGAAAGAAAGCCAGAGCAAUGCUCUGCAAUCUGAAGCACGAGUCGCUCAACGCGAUGAGAAAGCUGCACUUGAGGAAAAGAUAUACGAUCUGGAGUCCACAAUUCGUGAGAAAGAUGGUCGAAUCAAAGCCCUCCAAGCCGAAUCACGGGCUGCACAGCGCGAGCAACAAGCCGCAAAUGAAGAGAAAGUGCAUGAUCUGGAACGACGAGUUAGCGAUAAAGAUGCUCAAUAUCGCCAACUCCAGACCGAGGUCACGACUGCACAGCGUGAUCAGAGGUCUACACUUGAGCGACAACUGCUCGAGACCGAGUCUCAACUUCGCGAGAAAGAAUCUCAGCUCCGCCUUCUCCAAGCAUCAGCCAAGGCUAUCCAGCAAAAAGCUUCGAACAAUGCCCUCGACCUCGGCGUGCAGACCCAAGCCCUUGAGAAGCGCCAUGUGAAGGAGCUGAACGGUCUCGCCAAACAAAUCCAAUUCCUUCGUGCCCGAAGCUCACGAGCUGAAGCAUUCCGGGAAGCACUCGGUUAUCAGAAACGUUUCUUCCUCAUGCAGAUCGAGAUGUAUAGUCAAUGUAACAAGUCUGAUCUUGAUCUCAUCUCGCAAAUGGGUAUUACGCCUGACAUCACUGUCCAUGAGCGUCGCCCUAAGCUCAAAUCGGCAGCUUUGGCCGUCAUCGCCGCGAUCCGCAUGCAGAAGCUCAGCGACGAGUGGGCGCAAAGCAAGAAGAUCCAUGAGCAAUUACGACAGAAGCUGGAGGGUAUGCGGAGACAGAAUGGGAAUGCAGUGACUAGGAAGACCGGCAAUUUGCGGAUUGCAAGGUAGAAUCAGCAGUACACGUACGGCGUAUAGGGUGCUUGGACUUUGGGUCAUUGUUAUUGCGAGCGUUUCCGGAUUACGGCGUUCAACGAUCAUGGGGAAGAAUCAAGGGGUGAAGGUUGGCGUUGUCUGUGUCUAGGGUAUCCGGGACAUUAUGAUUAUUAUUGUGUCUUUGUGUCAUAUUUUAUGUCACGUUCGGCAAUUUUUUUUCCUACGGCUGAACGUCUUGCAAAGGCCGUCAAAAUCCGAAAGGCUC